AUGGUCUCUUAGAAAGUAAAGGAACUUUACCCUAACGCCCAAGUUGAAGGAAAGGCUAUUCCUGGUGGUUCAGGAGCUAUGGAGGUUACAGUUACCGUAGGUGAAAAAUCCUAAAAAAUAUGGUCUAAGCUAGGUGGCGAUUCUAGAAUAGACUAAAACGCUUUGGCUGAAUUAACCAAAAGACUCUAAUAGUUUGUCGACUCCUCUUGA